CUGCUCACCGAACUAGAAAUUGGAUCAUUUCAAGUCUCCAACCAAUUGUGCGAUGUAAAACUUGAAAGUCAAAUUUUCGGUUGGAUUUGUGUAGCAUAUAUUUGUCAUUCAUUAUCGUCCCACCUCUACCCAAAACAGAGGGGCUCUAGUCGAAUUGCCCUUCGACAUGCGACGUCGUGUACCAUUCUGGUGCCGGACAAUCGGGUCACCCAAGGUAGCGUUGACAAGCCGAAGCUUGUCAACCGUCAAGUCUGUCAAAGUCACAGAAACGCCAUACAACGCCGUCAAUGUAGCCGAAUUCCGACAGUCUUCAUUCAUGUCGGGAAGCCCUCUUUUAUUCAAGCAACCCGCGACACCAUCAAGCAAGACUCCACUCCCAUCAUUAUCAUCAAAAUGGUUCGGUCAUGAGGGAACCGGUCGACCCCAGAGUCUCAAGCAGGAGCCCUCCGUUACAUUCACCCCUUACAUGGAACAAUUUGCUCAUCACAUGCUACCCUAUGAAAUAAUGAGCCCCCAACUCUCCGAAAACACGGGCCUUGUCGUCGACACGAUAAAUCAAUUCCUGACCUGGCUCGCUUCAGGCUCAGACCCGAUGGGCGCGGUGCUAGCCGGCAUCGUUCACGCCGCGUCCCAUCCGGAUGCCUCAGAGCCACGCUUCUCCUCUUUCGUCGCCCCUUUAAUGCUUUUACUCAAGGCUGCAGAGUUCAAUAGACUGCACGAGAAGAAAAUCAAGCAGCUCUACAUAGCCCAGGCCCAGCUCACUGAUCUCCCCCCGGAACUUCGGGAUGAUCUUCCUAUCCCGCGCAUCGUGAUGGAGGCCGGCAAAGGCGACAUCUACGCCUCGAGCUUGUGGCUCGGGUUGGAACCAACUUAUACCCCGCUCCACCGCGACCCGAAUCCCAACUUGUUCUGCCAACUCGUCGGUAAUAAGAUCAUGCGUCUUCUACCCCCUUCAUCCGGAGAUCGCUUGUACCGCAAGGUGCAGACUCAGAUUCAACAAUCCGGGAACAGCCGUAUCAGAACUAUCGACAUGAUGGAAGGCCGUGAGAGGGUCGUCAUGAACACUGCGGUUUGGGGCAUGGAGGGGUCUGAAGAAAUUGUGGAAGCUAGAUUAAGCCCAGGGGAUGCUCUGUUCAUCCCAACGGGUUGGUGGCAUAGUGUCAAGAGUGGGAAUCACGAUGGGAGACUCAACGCGUCGGUGAACUGGUGGUUCAGAUAAGUAAAGGUUGACUCUCGAUAUAGACGGAAGUGUUGUUUGUGGUGGUAAGACGAGGGGUUGUACUUACAAAUCGAAGUUGGCCAAUGGAGGAUGAAAAUCAGAAAUAA